CUCCCCUCCAAGAGCUCACUGGUUGGCCGCUCGUCGCAAUGAGCUCGAGUCUCUUACUCCGCCCUCCUUCCCCUCCUCCCCACACCAUCCGCUCCUACCUCGCACUCUCUCGCCGCCUUCUCUCACGCCAUGAACUUCAUGAUCUGGAGGAUCCAUUGCGCCGACGACGGCACUCGCUACUACCUGCGCUUGCCACUUGGGGAGACCCGCGCCCGCUCCGAUGGUGACAACUAUGUUGCAAUGCUGGCAGUGAUUAAGCCGGGCCGACCCUCUGAUCUUGUACAGGAAGAGCUCAUAGUUUUCGACUUGUUGAAGUCCUUGUGGAAGGUAGACAUCUACUCGAUCCCGUACUACAAGCUGGACGCCAAUGCCAAUGACCUACUCUUACGACGUGAGGAUAUCUGCUACGCGGUCGCCAAGCCAACCCUCGAUCCAGCAGCCGAAGAGCAGUACUUUGCCGUCGAGGUCUGCGAGUCUCGCGUCGACCCUUCCACCGCUUUCUCUACGGCUUCGACAUCCCUUUGCGACCAGCUGCAGCACCUGGAGCUCGACAGCUCUACCGCUGCUUUGCGUGAGGAGGACUGAGCGGCAAGUUAGGCAGGCAACGUCGGCGGCGUAGGGGAUGGAGAGCUUGUAGAGGAACAUCCACAGGGGAGCAAUCUCCCUUCUCUGCCUGCGUGCAGCCCUCCCUUCUCUGCCUGCAUAACGCCUCCCACCCUUCAAAGCCCGCUCGCCCUUUCCCCCUCUCUCUCAAAACCCU